AUGGCGAAUAUUAUAGCACUGGAAAGUGCCUUGUUACCUUCUGCCAAUGAAGUCACAGUUGCAGAAAUUGACGGGGCGCUAUUAAAUCUAAGUAAUUCCAAAGAUCCAAAAGAAGAUUUGUAUGCAAAAUCCGAGGCAUGUAUAUAUCCAAUCCUACGAAUUCCAUUCGACAUCCCAAUCAAUGAAACCAAAGAAACUCAAAAUCCAAUUAAACCACUGCCAAAGUUCAAAGUUUUCAGAAAAUCUCCUCAAACUAAAAUGAUAGAUUAUUACUAUCACUGGAAACAUGAAUUUGAAAACUAUAUAGAGGAAUCAAAAAAAAAGAUCGCGUUUUCCCUUCCACCGAUUUUCGGGAACUUGUUUUAUGAUAUCACCACCGAAAGUUACAUUACUUUAUUACGACAGAAGAUUGACAAUUCACCCGCAAGCUUGUUAGCUUGGCAUUCGUAUAACUCGUUAUUUGCUGUCGCGCAUAGAUUGGAUGCUAUUUUCGUGUAUGAUUUACGGGUUGAUUCGUGGUUUCCUGAGGCUCUAGAAACAGAUUUGCAAAAGGAUAUCACUUGUAUGGCAUGGAAGCCAUUAGGUGGAAAUAUGUUGGCCGUGGCAACAGGAUCAGUAGACGGCUCGAUUGUUCUCUGGGACACGGCUUUUCAAACGGGUCAAGUGUUGACUACGACGUGUCAGUCGUGUUUGUUGAGCUGGAGUCCUGAUGGGAAAUAUUUGUUGUCGGGGACAUUAAAAGGUUAUCUCGUAGUAUGGGAAACACGAAGCUGGACUUCUAAAGUUGUUAUUGAAGAAAGCAAAGAGAUUCUUAAGAGCGCUUGUUGGGCUACAAACUCAAAAUAUGCAUUUUUAGCCUUCAACAAUUCUGCUUUCAUUACAACAUUGAUGGUAACUUCCGAAUCCAAUAUGAAAUUGCUUCCUCGUCAAUAUACAGCCUAUCCGCAUGACGAAAUCGGCGGAAUCGUACAUUCUCUCGCCAUAGACUCGAUUGGCGAACGACUAGCCAUCUGUUUUGAAGAAACAAAACUUGUCGCCGUGUAUAACGUUAAUCAGUCGUCAAACGUUUCAUCAGACGGUGGAUCGGGGGUCUUGUCACACGUGAAGUUUAUCAGAGGGCCAGUGUGGAAUGAGUUAAAGGGUCCAGGACAAAUUGUUGCUCCGUCACCACCAAAGCCUGUUACGAUUAGUUUUGCGAAUGAGUAUGUUCGUGGUGGAUUGUUAAGUGUGGUUUGUGUUUGA